AUGGCCCUGCCCGGGCUGCUGCUGCUCGCCUGGGCGGCCCUCUUGCAGGCCGGCUCCCCCGAGGCCGGCGGGGAGCCCACCCAGAGCUGCUCGGUGGUGCUGGACCCGGCCUCCGGGCAGCCCAAGGUGGCCAGCGGCUGGCAUCCCGGAGCGGUGGCCUGGGCCAACCUCACCGACGGCAUCCGGAGCUCCGGAUGGUCCUUCUUGGAGCUGGCCACCAAUGAGAAGUAUAAUGACAGCCUCCAGGCCUACGCGGCAGGGCUGGCGGAAGCUGCAGUGUCUGAGCAGCUCAUCUACAUGCACUGGAUGAACACCAUGGUGGGUUACUGUGGCCCCUUCAAGUACCAGACUGACUACUGCGAGAAGCUGAAGAGCUAUAUUGAAACUAACCUGGCCUGGAUGGAGCAACAGAUGGAGAACCAGCAAGAUUCUGCAUACUGGCAUCAGGUUCGCCUCGCCUUGCUUCAGUUGAAGGGCCUUGAGGAUGGUUACAACGGACGCUUGGCCUUCCCUUCCGGCAAGUUCUCCAUCGCCCCCUUUGGCUUUCUCUUGUUCCAGCUGGGAGGUGAUUUGGAAGACCUGGAAGCGGCCUUCAAUAAAUCCGACAGCCAGCGGGUCCUUGGCUCUGGCUCCUGCUCGGCCUUGAUCAAGCUGUUGCCUGGCAACCAGGACCUCCUAGUCUCCCACGACACCUGGAACACCUACCAGUCCAUGCUGCGUAUCAUCAAGAAGUACACCUUGCCAUUCCGGACAUCUGCUCAGAGUGAUACCAUGAUUCCUGGCUACACCCAGGCUUUCUCCUCAUAUCCAGGCGCCAUUUUCUCAGGAGAUGACUUCUACAUUUUGAGCAGCGGCUUGGUGGCUCUGGAAACCACAAUCGGGAACAGCAACAAUGAUUUGUGGAAGUACAUCCAGCCCAAGGAGAGUGUUUUGGAAUGGCUGCGCAACAUCGUGGCCAAUCGGCUGGCUGGGAGCGGAGCAGAGUGGGCGCUUCUCUUCAAGCAGUUCAACAGCGGCACGUACAAUAACCAGUGGAUGAUAGUGGACUAUAAGACUUUCAUCCCGGGCAAGUCCGGUCUGCAGAAGGGCGUGCUGACGGUCCUGGAGCAGAUCCCUGGCAUGAUUACUGCGGACGACAAAACCCAGGAGCUGUAUCAGCAGGGUUACUGGGCAAGCUACAAUGUGCCGUACUUUAAAGAGAUCUUCAAUGCCAGUGGCCUUCCUGAGCUGGUGAAGAAGUACGGUGACUGGUUCACCUAUGACAAAAACCCCAGAGCCCAGAUCUUCCGGCGCAACCAGACUCUCAUUAGGGACAUGGGCUCCAUGAUCCGACUCAUGAGAUACAACAACUUCCCAAAGGAUCCACUGUCUCGGUGCCAAGAGUGCAACCCACCACAAAACGGGGAGAAUUCGAUCGCUGCCCGCUCGGAUCUCAACCCUGCCGAUGGCACGUAUCCCUUUGGGGCCUUGCGCCAGAGACCGCAUGGGGGCACCGACAUGAAGGUCACUUCCUUUGAGACGGCCAAGAACUACAGCUUCAUUGCUACCAGUGGGCCGACCUGGGAUUACCUCCCCGCGUUCCAGUGGAGCACCUCCCCGUUCGUCAAUCUGCUGCACAUGGGUCAUCCUGACGAGUGGAAAUUCUCACCCAUCCAAGUCCGCUGGGGCUGAUGCCCUGCAGGGUGCUGGACUUUGCUCAUGACUCUGGGUUCUGUGAGUGCAAUUCCAGCUAUUGUGGUGUGGUGUAGAAGAGGGUGCUGCACCCUUGGCUGGCUCUCAUUGAAGGGAUAACAG